GCUCAUUCCCUUUGUAACAAAACAACUUUUUGGGAAUACAUUAGGGCUGAAGACUGGUUUGCAGUCAGAGUAUCAGCGGAGCCAUGUGUUGAACUGUGGAGACAUCGCUGAAGAUUUGAAAGGUGCCAGAGAGGCGUCUCAAGGAACCGAGGACCUGCGGAGAAGUGCUCAGCCUGAACGUUUGUUUUCCAGUGUGGACUUAAAUUUCUCAUCUUCUCGGCUCUCUGGGCUUCACCUUCUACGUUAGGGCGUCUUGGAAAAAUAGCAGAGAUUGUGGAUGAACUCACGGGGCACGCAAGAAUAAUACUCAAAGACCGAGAGUUUGGUUUCAAGGUCUGGUGGAUAUUUACACCCCGAGCAGCUCCGGGUGACCUAAUGUUAAAUGGAUCCUCUCUGUUUCUGGACAUUGAAACUGGCUUUGGUCAGUAAGUAGGACCUCUCCGUGACUCCCAGAAACACGGAAUAGACUUGGCUGUGAUUUUGGACAUAUUUUUUUCUGCAGUGAAUUCGAGGAUUUGCGCGCCCGCCGUGGAUGUUUAAUAUGCUAGUAUGGGUCCGCUAGCGUUCAUCCUUGUUGGUGGAUUACUGUAUUUUCAAGCAGAUGGAUCCCGUCUGCGCCAGGAGGACUCCCCGCCCCGGAUUGUGGAGCACCCCUCUGACCUGAUUGUAUCCAAAGGGGAGCCCGCCACUCUCAACUGUAAGGCAGAGGGGCGGCCAACCCCGACAGUGGAGUGGUACAAGGAUGGAGAGCGGGUGGAAACGGACAAAGAUGACUCACGUUCUCACCGCAUGCUGCUGCCCAGUGGCUCGCUUUUCUUCCUACGCAUUGUUCACGGACGACGGAGCAAACCGGAUGAGGGAGCCUAUGUCUGCGUGGCCCGGAACUACCUGGGAGAAGCUGUCAGCCGCAACGCAUCUCUGGAAGUAGCAUUGCUGCGAGAUGACUUCAGACAAAACCCCACAGACGUGGUGGUGGCAGCAGGAGAGCCAGCAAUCCUUGAGUGUGUUCCUCCCAGAGGCCAUCCUGAACCCACCAUCUACUGGAAGAAAGACAAAGUGCGAAUUGAUGACAAGGAUGACAGGAUCACUAUUCGAGGAGGAAAACUAAUGAUCUCUAACACAAAAAAGAGUGACGCUGGCAUGUACAUCUGUGUGGGCACCAACAUGGUUGGAGAAAGAGACAGCGAGACUGCACAAGUCACAGUGUUUGAACGACCAACCUUCCUCCGGAGGCCCAUCAACCAGGUGGUCCUGGAAGACGAGGCAGUGGAGUUUCGCUGCCAGGUACAAGGAGACCCCCAACCCAAUGUACGCUGGAGGAAAGAUGAUAGUGACGUUCCUCGUGGGAGGUAUGAGAUCAAGUAUGACAAGGACGACUAUGUGCUGAGAGUGAAAAAGGCUUCCAUUAACGACGAGGGCACGUUCACCUGUGUGGCAGAAAACCGUGUGGGAAAGCUGGAGGCCUCUGCCACUCUCACAGUCAGAGCUCGCCCUGUCGCUGCCCCCCAGUUUGUCAUUCGCCCAAGGGACCAAAUUGUGGCUCAAGGCCGCACUGCCACCUUCCCGUGUGAAACCAAAGGAAAUCCUCAGCCUGCCGUCUUCUGGCAGAAGGAGGGAAGUCAGAAUUUGCUCUUUCCCAACCAACCCCAGCAGCCCAACAGUCGCUUCUCAGUGUCGCCCAGCGGAGACCUCACCAUUUCAUCUGUUCAGCGGGCAGAUGCUGGUUACUAUAUCUGCCAGGCCCUGACCGUUGCAGGCAGUAUCCUCGCCAAGGCUCAACUGGAGGUCACAGAUGUUCUCACAGACAGACCACCACCCAUUAUUCGCCAAGGCCCGUCCAAUCAGACACUCGGGGUGGACAGUGUGGCGCUGUUGAAGUGCCAGGCAUCAGGAGACCCCAUCCCCUCCGUCAGUUGGCUGAAGGAUGGGGUCAGCCUGCUGGGAAAGGACCCCCGCAUGUCUCUGCAGGAGCUGGGCAGCCUGCAGAUCAAAAACAUCAGGCUUUCAGACUCUGGGAUCUACACAUGUGUGGCUACCAGCUCCAGUGGUGAAACAUCAUGGAGUGCUUUCUUAGAAGUCAAAGAAUCAGGUGGAGUGACGGUCACGAAGAACCAUGAUGAGAAUGAGCUUCCAGGCCCACCAUCUAAACCUCAAGUCACCGAUGUCACCAAGAACAGCGUGUCCUUGUCCUGGCAGCCUGGUAUGGCCGGAGCAUCGCCGGUCUCCUCCUUUGUCAUUGAAGCCUUCAGUCAAUCCGUGAGCAACAGCUGGCAAACAGUAGCAGAUCAUGUCAAAACCACCCAGUUUACUGUCAAAGGUCUUCGUCCCAACACCAUCUACCUUUUCAUGGUCCGAGCAGUCAACAGCCAGGGCCUGAGUGAUCCAAGUCCAAUGUCUGAUCCUGUCAGAACACAAGAUAUAAGUCCUCCAGCACAGGGUGUCGACCACAGGCACGUACAGAAGGAGCUUGGUGAGGUCAUAGUUCGGUUGCAUAACCCAGUUGUCCUGAGUCCCACAGCCAUUCAGGUCACAUGGACGGUGGAUCGUCAGUCCCAGUUCAUCCAGGGUUACAGAGUUCUGUACAGGCAGACUUCAGGACUGCCUUCACCCGGACCCUGGCAGACUCAGGAUGUGAAGGUCCCUUCUGAGCGAAGUGUCAUUCUGUCUGCGCUCAAGAAAGGAAUUGUUUAUGAGAUCAAGGUUCGGCCUUAUUUCAACGAGUUUCAAGGCAUGGACAGUGAAUCCAGGACGGCGCGGACGACUGAGGAAGCUCCCAGUGCUCCUCCUCAGCAGGUAACAGUCCUGACCGUGGGAAACCAGAACAGCACUUCCAUUAGCAUCUCCUGGGACCCCCCUCCAGCAGACCACCAGAAUGGCAUCAUCCAAGAGUACAAGAUCUGGUGUCUAGGGAAUGAGACACGUUUCCAUGUAAAUAAAACAGUGGAUGCAGCCAUACGCUCUGUGGUGGUCGGCGGGCUGCAGGUGGGAGUGGUGUACCGAGUGGAAGUAGCUGCCAGCACAAGUGCAGGGGUUGGAGUCAAGAGUGAACCUCAGUCUAUUAUCAUUGGUAAGGAGUUCCGGGAUGUGAUUAUACAUGGAAACCGGAACAACAGCAUCACAGAGCAGAUCACUGAUGUGGUAAAACAGCCUGCUUUUAUCGCCGGUAUUGGAGGGGCCUGCUGGGUCAUCCUCAUGGGCUUCAGCAUCUGGCUCUACUGGAGGAGAAAGAAGAGAAAGGGACUGAGCAACUACGCAGUUCAGUCCUUCACCUUCACCCCUGCAGUGACAUUCCAGAGAGUUGAUGGUGGUCUGAUGAGCAAUGGGAGUCGACCAGGACUGUUGAAUGCCGGUGACCCAGGCUACCCCUGGUUAGCAGACUCUUGGCCAGCCACCAGCCUGCCUGUCAACAGCAGCUCUGGGGGACCCAAUGACCUGAGUAACUUUGGCCGAGGAGAUCUCCCUACUGGUCAAGGGGAUAAGACAGGCACCAUGCUGUCUGAUGGAGCUAUCUACAGCAGCAUAGACUUCACCACCAAAACCAACUACAACAGCCCUGGUCAAACAUCCCAGGCCACUCCCUAUGCCACCACUCAGAUUCUUCACUCCAGCAGCAUCCAUGAGCUGGCUGUGGACCUGCCCGAGGCCCAGUGGAAGGCCUCACUCCAAGCCAAGCAGGAGAUGGCCAGCCUGGGCUACUCCCUGCCCGACAAGAAUUCCUGCAACAACAGUGGAAAGGGAGGAAAGAAGAAGAAGACCAAGGCUGGCUCCAAACCCACUAAAGCCAAUGGGUCCAACUGGGCCAAUGUUCCCCUGCCCCCUCCCCCUGUUCACCCCCUCCCUGGCACUGAGAUGGACCAUUAUUCCAAUGAGCACCAUGAAGGAGGAGGGUAUGAGAGUGAUGGCUGGGGCCCUCCGAUGCCCGUGCAGACCUAUCUUCACCAGGGCAUGGAGGAUGAGCUGGAGGAAGAGGAGGAGAGGGUUCCCACCCCACCCAUCCGAGGAGUUGCCUCUUCCCCAGCUGCUGUGUCCUUUGGACAGCAGUCCACAGCCACACUCACCCCUUCUCCGCGUGAUGAGAUGCAGCCCAUGCUGCAGGCCCAUUUGGACGAGCUGACUAGAGUAUAUCAACUAGACAUGGCAAAACAGACAUGGCACAUGCAGGGAGGCUCUCUUCCUCCACAGGCUCCAGCUCCACCAGUGGGCUAUGUUUCGAGCACAAUGGUUUCUGACCAGGAGACUGACCUGCCUGAUGAGGAGGAGGAGGAGGAAGAAGAGGAGGAGGAUGAAGGCUAUGGAGCCAGGCAUCCCCGUGGUAUUGAGCACACACCAGGGUCUAGCAUGGACAACCUGGACAGCUCUUUAACAGGGUCCAUGGUGAAUGGGUGGGGCUCAGCCUCGGAGGAUGACCGUAAUUUCUCCAGCCAUAGGUCCAGUUUGGGCAGUUCAUCAGAUGGCUCCAUCUUUACCCACUGCAGCUUUGCCCAGGCCCUGGUGGCCGCUGCAGACAAGGCAGGCUACCGCCUGGAGGGCACUAGCCUCAGCAAGAGAGGUAAAGGCUUGUCCCACAGGCCCCGGCCCAGCAGUCCAUUCUCAACAGAUGGCAGCACAGUCGGCACACACAGCUUGGGCCACCAGAGGGCCACCAGGCCCACACGCAAACCCCGAAGCCAGGGCACAGCACCCCACCGGAGAGAUGCUGGUGCAGACGACCUACCUCCUCCCCCUGAGCCUCCUCCCUGUCAGGGGCAGGGCCGUAUCCAGGGGGCCCGCAGUGUAAGCAGCAUGGUACCCCCGACAGAUAGGAAGGCUUCUUCUCUAGAGCGUCCGCCUAUGUCAGGACCCCUGUGUGGGCCAGAUGACAUGAAGAGCUCCACUGACAGACAGACACGCACUUCUCUGGAACAUCAUCGCCAGGUUCAAGACAGGCUAGGCUCCAUGGACCGGGCUGAUGAUGGACGCAGGGGACACAAAACAGAGGAUGGGUGCCUGCCGUACAAUAAACCAUCGUUCCCGUCCCCUGGUGGACACAGCUCCUCUGGCACAGCUUCCUCCAAGGGCUCGACAGGGCCACGAAAGACCGAGGGUCCACGACAGCCACAACAAUGGACCGCCACAGAGCAUGCUGAAUUCCUGGGGACCAACGGACAGGGACAGUACUCGGGGGAGUUAUAGUGAUCUGCCUGGGAUGUGAACUGGAGGAAACCCCAGUCCACAAAGGAAUGACGCCCUCCUUGUUGGGCCAAUGAACUUUGUCCUUACCUGUGUGUUCUCAGAGGGAAGGAGUGCAGCAGAGGGCACUACAGAGAAAAGCAGUGUCACAGAACUGUAAAUGUGAUGUAUAGACACAGACAUACUGUACAUCUCACUACGUUUUUGUCCUCAAAAAAAUAUUUUCCACCUCCUACCUUACUGUAAUUUUCUUUUUGUUAGAAAAAGGCAAGUAAAAAAAAAAAAUGAAAACAUCUAUAUGAGAACAAAUUUUCUGGUAACUGCCCUUGGGAAAAAGGGAAUUUUGUUUCCUGUAAAUAUAUUCUUUAACUUGUUGUUGCAUUGCUAUGCAAGCCUAAUUCAGUUUGAGCUUUUUAUUUCCAUAUACAGGAACAGUCAGUUUUACCUGGUUAUUUGUAUUAUAUGUGAAUUGAGUGGCUGUUGUGCCAUAAAAUAAUUGUUUUAUAAUCCAUUGUUUGUUAAUAGUUACCAUUAAUUAUUAUCAUUAUUAUUAUUAAUUAUUGUUUUUGCACUGCAAUUUUUGGUGAUAAGCACAAAAACAUAGCUCCUGCUGACAUGAAGAACCGGAAGAAUAUGUGAAGAGGAGUUUCUGUACUGUAAAGAGAAGAAGAUUAUAUACUAAUGUACAGAGAGAUUUUAAAGAGUAAGGCUUUGCUCACAGACAGCAACAAAUAAGGCACCCAUUUCCGUAGUUGAGACUAAUUGGGUGGCAGACACACAAGGUUCCUGAGGGUCUGAAGAACUGAUAUGAGGCUGGGAGAGUUGUAUGCAGAGGAUACUGUAUUACUGUAGGUGACCGAGUUGAUUAUUUAAUUCCUAAUUAGCUGUUCUACAAUAAUAGUUUAUCAGAAACAUGUAGUGCUCGAUUCUUUGGGCAGUGCCAGGCAUUGUUGUGUUUUCAGAAAUAGACUGAGGGAGAGGGGUUUUUUUUUUCCCCCACAACCGUCUCCAAGCAUUUCAAGUUUAUUUUUUUCUUUUAUGAUUUACUGCCUAAAUAAUUUUACCACACUAAGUUUACGCUCCUCGUUCAGCAUAAUAGCACACUAGCCAUAAAGCAGUCAAAAGGAAGGAGGAGUCAGUGGAAUCUGUCCGCUUGCUGUAGUUCAGUCAUAGCACUUACAGAGACAGAUUUAUGAUUCUUCUAGAGCCUUAAUAGGUAAGCAGACAUCACAGACAAAGGAGUAUUUAUUGUGAUCAGUCGCAAUUAUACUCCCAAACCUAACUAAAAUAUCAGUGGAGCAAUAUAAUUUGUUUACAUCUUUAAUGUUUUUUUUCUCUUGUCUUUUAUUUCCAUCCAUUUUUAAUAUUGUUUGCUUUAUAGAGCACUUACUGUUUUAUGUAUGUUAUUAUACUGUAUAUGGUACAGUGUCAUCCAAGAAAACAACACAUUGACGUGUUUAGUCCAGCUAAGUGCUGUUAAAGUUGGUGAUCUGUUAAAGCAGAAGGUUGGUGCCUCAGUUACCAAUACACUAUGAUCAGCACAGUCUUGUGUCAGCAACUUUGAGAAGAAAUGACGAGUGUGUACGAUUUACUUUGAGUCAGUGUUUGAUCCCAAAACAGUCGAGCGAUAACGGAGAAAAGCCUUGUAUAUUAACUAGCAGGUCCCACUGCUUCAUGUCUACAGCCACAGUGUGGAGCAGAACACCUAUCUGCCUGACCGCCACAAAACACACACUUAUCAUCUGCUGCUUUUGACUUCUCAGCCUCUGAUUCUCAAUUUUUGUCUUUCCAGACAGAUGUUUUUAUUGGUUGUCCUUUAUUAAUGAAAAGCUUGUUUCUUUGUAUGCCUUUUAUGGACUCCAAAACGCUGAUUACAACGUUUUCAAUAUUAAUGUUCAGGAUUUUUGUGGUUCAAUGACUGUUUGUUUUGUCUUUUUUUGUACUGCUAAUGUUGAUAAAAGGGGGUGGAAACAAAAGGCCGUCAGAUGCUGUUGUACUGUUGUUGUCAUGCCAUUGUCAUUUUAUAUCAUCCGCCCAGUGGCCAGUGUUCUGGAAAUGAGGUGCAAAGAGUAUCUCAGGUUACUUUACAUUCUGGUGGUGUUUAUGUAUGUGCAUAUAUGUGUAUAUAUCCAUAUGCAUCUCCACUUGAUUAUGCCAUUCCAUUUUCAUUGACAAAAAUAUCCCUCUCAUGUCCGAUUCUUUCGUCCCUUCUUUUCUUUUCUGCUGUGGAUUAUGAUUCUGAGUAUAAUGUGCUGGUUCAUCCACCUAAAGACAAGAUGUCAGUAAAAGAACAUACCAAAUUAAGAUUGAUAUUUCUAAUGUCUAAUGCGUUUUAGUGUCUCUUUAAUACUCAUUGUUUUCUUUUAAAUCACAGUGUCGUUUUGUAUUUAUUAAAAUGAUAAUAAAAGUAUAUUGUGAAAUAUGCAUAAAGAUUCGUGAGAUAUAAAAUGUGUUUUUUGUUCCUUGUAAAGUUUGCUGUCAGAGCCGAGCAGCGAGGCCAUAAGGAGAUGAUAGGCACACUGUGCUCAGAGCAUGGGGAAGUGCCGGGUCAGUAGUCGUUCAAGUCACUCUUCGUCCUGCAUGUUCACCACACUGCUCCUCUCAUGUCAAAACUAAAGAAACUUAAAACCUUUUUAAACACAAGGAGCAAAAAUGCUCACAAUUUGCUUGUCAAGACAAUAGAGAAAAUGUCUUUUUGGAAGGAUGAAAGUACUUUGGCUUUCCCUCUCUUUUGUUCAUUUCCUCAAUAUUGUUGGUUCUUUGUAACCUAUCUGUGUGUUGCCUUUUUGCUAAAAAAAGAACAUUAAAAUGACAAAAAGAGAAGGUUGUUGGGUGAAGUCUUUCUGUACAGUAUGGGUUGAGGUGACACCUCAUUCCAAUGCCAUUUCUACAGUACAGUACAUUCUGCCUUUUUUUCCCUGUAAACCACCUUCUUUAUUCACUUGCAUGUCCUUGUCCAAGAAGAGAGUGGAUCAAGAAAAUAAACUUUUACAGUCUCAUUCCCAUG